UAUAAUGUACGUGGCGAGAAUCACCCGUCUAAUAAAAUAAAAGGGGUCCGGUUAACUCCAAAGCUCCUAAAAAAGCUCAUCGUCUCUCGUUAUCGUUCUCGACGACAUCAGAACUCUAACGCCAAAUCAAGUUAGUUAGAGAAGAGAGGAGAAGAGAAGGAUGGUGGGAAGUGGAGCUCCACAGAGAGGAAGUGCAGCUGCAGCUGCAAGCAUGCGUAGGAGGAAGCCUAGUGGAAGUGGUGGAGGAGCCUCUGGUGGUGCUGCGGGAUCCAUGCUUCAGUUCUACACGGAUGACGCACCGGGUCUCAAGAUCUCGCCUAAUGUUGUACUUGUUAUGAGCAUCGGUUUCAUUGCUUUCGUCGCUGUCCUUCAUGUCAUGGGAAAGCUUUACUUUGUCAAGUGAUCAGAGAAAGGCUUGUAACACACACAAACAAACACAUGAUGCUAAGUGACUGCUAGUGAUCAGAGUGUUAGAGAAUGGUUUGAACUCUUCUUUUUAUUUUGUGGGAAUAUAAGAGAUAUCUUGAAAACUC